AUGGAUAAAGUGAUGGCUGAUAAAAUAAUAUUCGAGUUAGAGCAGGAGAAAAAACUUGUCAAUAGAACUGCGUUAGCAGAGUGGUUUGCUAACGGGUGCCCAUUCGAAGAAGACGAAGAAGUUUUAGAGUUUAUUAAAUCCGAAGUUCGUGAACGUGAAGCUCGUGAAAAUGGCGCUGGCGUUACUUACUCAGGAUCAACAGGGCCCAGGAAGACAAGCUCGCUUACUAUUUCCACAAGCGGAACCCAAACCACCAAAUUUCAUAAAUACAAUAAACAUCGUGGUAAAGGUUUUAGAUCAGGCAAGGUUUCCGGUCCAAACAAGGUAUCUGAGAGAGAAAUGAUAAGAAAUUUGGAGCCAACUAAAUCGGUUGAACAAAAUCAUCGGGCGAAACAGGAAUGUCGUCAUGAGGGAAUUUAA